CCCUUUUAUGUGGGGUGGGCAGUCACAUGCAUAGGAGUGCUAAGUGGAGGGGUAGGUGCAAUCACCUGUGGCUUAACCCUGCACCGGCAGGCACAGUGAGGCACCAGGCAGGCAGCCCUGGGGUCCCUGGCCAGUGCCAAGCCAUGCCCCACUACCACAGGAGCACUCCGAGGAGGGCUGCGCCAGCAUCUACCAAUUUGUCAUCACAACACCUCCAAGGAGACGAUGUGCUUCAGCGACUUCCCCAUACCUGAGGACUCCCCCAACUACAUGCACAACUCCAAGAUCAUGGAGUACUUCCGCAUGUAUGCCCAGCACUUCGACCUGCUGCGCCACAUCCGAUUCAGGACCAGCGUGUGCUGCGUGUCCAAGCGCCCUGAAUUCACCUCCACGGGGCAGUGGGAGGUGGUGAUGGAGAGCGAGGGGAAGCAGGAGGCGGCCGUCUUUGAUGCUGUGCUGGUGUGCACCGGGCACCACACUGAGGCCCACCUUCCGCUGAGCGCCUUCCCAGGACUGGAAAAGUUUGAGGGCUGGUACCUGCACAGAUGGGACUUCAAGAGACCGCAGUCCUUCUCAGGGAAGCGGGUAGUCAUGGUUCACAGUGGGCAUUCAGGCAUCGACAUCGUGGUGGAGCUGAGCCACGCAGCUGAGCAGGUCUUCCUCAGCACCAAGUGUGGGACCUAGGUGCUGCACUGGGUAGCAGAUGGGAGGUGUCCCUUCGACUUUUCCUAUCUCAGCUGCUUCAUACAGCUCUUCCAAAGCCUGCUGCCUCAAAAAGCCAUCAGUUUUCUCUUGGAGAAGAAGCUGAAUGCCCACUUCGACCAUGAGCUCUAUGGCCUGAGGCCCCAGCACCAGGUCUUUGACCAACACCUGACCAUCAACAACGACCUGCCCAACCGCAUCAUUUUGGGCAGGAUGCUGGUGAAGCCAAACAUCCAGGAAUUCAUAGAGACAUCUGCCAUCUUUGAAGAUGGUACCAGGGAAGACAUUGACACUGUGGUCUUCACCACAGGAUACAGCUUUUUCUUCCCCUUCCUCGAAGGCUGCGUGAAGGUGGUAGAGAACCAUAUUUCCCUCUACAAAUUCAUGUUCCCCCCUGACCUGGAGAAGCCAACACUGGCUUUCAUCGGCUUCAUAGAGCCCCUGGGUGCCAUCAUGCCCAUCUCUGAGCUCCAAUGUCACUGGGCCACCUGUGUCUUCAAGGGGCUGCAGGACCUGCUGCCAUCCACUGACAUGCUGGCUGACAUUCUGCAAACCAAGGAGAAAAUGGCCAAGCGGCACGUGAAGAGCCAGCGGCACACCAUCCAGGUGGAUUACAUCCCCUACAUGGAUGAGCUCGCCUGCCAGGUGGGGGUCAAGCCCAAUCUGCUCACCCUCUUCCUCACCAACCCCAAGCUGGCACUGGAGGUAGCCUUUGGGCCCUGCACACCAUACCAGUACCGCCUGCGGGGCCUGGGCAAGUGGGCCGGUGCCAGGGAGGCCAUCCUCACUCAGCAGCAGCGUGUGCUCAGGCCCCUGCAAGGCAAUGCUGGGGACCGCCCUGCCCGCUCCAGAACCACAUCCCACAUCUUCAAGGUCUUUUUCAGCAUCAGGUUGAUUGUGGCCACCCUUGUGUAUGUCUUGCUCUCUUCUUAACCUAAAAUGAACAACCGGGUUCUCCUGGCAAUCUGCUUCCUUUUCUUUGGGCUAUAGUGUUUCUGUUGUCUCUUGCUAGG